CGGCCAGCAGCACCAGCGGCAGCACCAUGGACCUCUCCUUCAUGGCCGCGCAGCUUCCUGUUAUGGGAGGAGCCUUCAUGGACUCACCCAACGAGGACUUUAGCACAGAGUACUCCUUGUUUAACUCAUCAGCCAACGUCCAUGCAGCUUCUUCCAUGCAGAAUCCACCAGAAGAGACAUCCCGUUCGUCAAAUGACGCCAUAUUGUUAUGGAUUGCGAUAAUAGCAACCAUUGGAAAUAUCGUGGUUGUGGGAGUGGUGUAUGCCUUCACCUUCUAGGAUGACUGUCCCUCCAAACACUGGAAGAGAGGAAAACUGCAAAAUUAUUUGUCAUGUGUACGUAUGUAUGUAUGUGUGUAUAUAUACAUUUAUAUCUAUAUAAAUACAUAUAGGUAGGGACUUUGUUGAUAAAGUGCUGCCACAAUCAUGGAAACGAAAUGCAAGUUAACCAUCUUGAUUCUUGAUAGCAGAAAGUGUGGUGCAAUUGCUAAUUGUAUGGAGGUGAGAGCUUUCAUUGAGAACGGAGCCAAUACCAGUUUUGUAUAGAAAUGUAAUAAAAGAGAGAUAAAUGUGGGUAUAGUAAAUACAAAGAGAAAGUGGGUUUUAUAUAGAAAGUGCUUAUUUUCUACUGUUUAGAUUUUUCUAGCAGCUCUUCUGCAUUUUGUCAGCUUUUUUCUUUGUGUGCAUUUUUUACUGUGGUAUAAUGUUGUUUGAAAUGGUUCUGUGUCAUACUUGCUGGACAUCUUAGUUUUCCAGGUGGACUAAAUGGUGGGCAUUGGCUCGGUUCUGAUGAAGUACGAGUUCAUCGUGUGUGAGUCCUGAGCACGUGCAUACACUAGGCUGUGUUUGAAUCGUGAGUCUUAGAGCUAUGACAGACAGAUGCAUGCUUUCUAACACUUGCCUUCCAGUAUCAGUUACUGGAUAUGAUAAUCUGUGUAUUGAUGCUAAACCUGUUUGCAGGAGGAGGAGCCUAAUUAACAGCGAUUGAUGUCUAUGAGAAAAAUAGAAUUGAAAGCAAGACCGGACAAUUCUGUGCUCAUGAGGGAGUGAGUGCAAGGAUCAGGUAUGUGGUGGGGUAGAAACAGCACCAAAAAAAAGGUAGUAAGUGACAGACAUGCAAGUGCUUAUAUUUAAUUAUCAAUGUCUCUGGGUUGUGAUGAGGUUCCUGAAAGUGCUUUUUAUAUAGCCUGCUUUAGGUAGCAACUCCGAUUAUCAUUUGGAUUUGUUCUGUUGAGCAACAGCAUUCUCACUGCAUUGUUCCAUGAGCAGUUCCUUUUCAAGAACUGUAUCUUUUCAAAACAAGCUGUAGCUUUCCUUGUUGCAGAGAUGAUAAAAUCUCAAGGGAUGAUAAAAAAAUUAAUCACCUCUGUUGGAAAUAUCCCUCUUAAAAAAAAACAAACACAAAUACACAAAAUGUCUGCACAUUUGAGAGUAGCAGGCAAAUUCUUCCUCUACGUCUGCAUGUACUGUAUAGGUUUUCUGUGCCAUACAGCUACUACCCUAAUUUCAGAAAACCUUGUCUGCAGGCACAGAGACUAUUUUUGACACUUGCCUGCCACAGAGCUUGAGGCUGGACUAAGAGCUGCUGAAUGUAUAGAGAGGUUUGGAUUUUCUUCUGUUUUCUUUAAACCCAUUUUCCUGCAGGGCUGGUGGACAGUUACUUGAAUCAAAGCAGCAUGCCCCAAAUCAGUAUUUAUAACCACUCAAAAGUCACUGUGUAGAGUAUUUUCCCUCUCCAUGAACUGCCUUUACAGCUGGGAAAGAUGCAAACAGAGCUAGCAGGGGGAUAGAAGAGAAACUGAGUUGUCUUGAGGAUGACAAUGCACUUGAGGAGCUGAGCUUCCGGAUGUGUAGUUAUUUUCCUGUUUGGACACAAAAUUUUGUGAAGAUGGUUGAGGACAGGCAAGAUCUAUGCUAGCAGAAAGUUUGAGCAGGCAAGUUCUGGAGGAUCAGUAGGACAGGAGGCAAAUUUUUCUAAUAAAAUAGCUGCAGUCUUAAAAAUGAUACAAAAAUGAUAUUUUUCACUGUCCUGAAGUAGCUAUUCAUGCCUUCACAGGCAGAGGAUAAUAAAAAACAGGGGAGUUAUGUAAAUUUCACUCCUUAUUCUCACUGAACAGAAAGCAAUCUAUUAAUUGAGGAUGGAAGGCUGCAGAGGAGUUUCCAAUGCAGAAAUGAACAAGGUCUGGUGUAUGAACACGUAGGACCCAUGGAAAUAUUACUUAAUGUAAUGUGCUGUCCCCAACCAUUUUCUGAUAUUCUAUUGCCUUUAUAAUUGUACCGGUUACUUGUGGACUUCAGUGUUUCUGUAGGCUCUCCAGUUAUGCCAGAUCUUGCAAGCACUGGUUUUGCAUGAAGUGCAAAACAUUUCCACCAUGAGUAAAAUCAGUUUGACACUAUGGUACCUGCCCAAUGGGAUUAUUGUACUGCUUAACGAAUUUUUCCAGCAGAGUGCUUUGUUUAAAUUUCCUAGAAUAUUAAUACAAGGGCAAUUAGCAAUGUUUGUACCUCUUUCCCAAAGCACUGGACUGAAUUCUUCACCCAUGAAGAGCAUUAGAGUGGGAACAGCAAAGAACCACCACUCUGCUAAUGAAACUGAAUGACACUUUUGUGUCGCUUUUCUCAAAGAAAGUGCCCUACUUUCAUGUAAAAUUGCUAGUAAUAGCAGGAGUGUUGGGAAAACAACGAGUUCUGCCUCCCUCAUCCAGAUCAUCCUCAUACGUAUUUUCAUCGUUAGAGGCAGAGUUGUCAAGAAGGUCCAGAUAGAACUUUAAUUAAAGUAAUUGGCUUGACAGGGUGACAUGGCAAACGGUACAGGCAGCAAGUGCAGGCAUUUCCUGUCUCAUAGUUAAAGACACUGGCUGCGUAGCUUUUCUGCUGAGGAAAAAAGGAUGUAGAUGCAAGAAUCUGUAGAGAAUAUUGUCAGGUGUAUUAAAGAUCCUUAAAUUGCAGUGGCCAGAGCUGGUUUAAACUCUGAUCUACUUUGAUAGUGAUAAUAUGCACACUAAGUUUCUGGUUGUUGCAUUCUGGCUUCAUCCAAUACAGCCACUUCCAUCUUCUAUAAGGUUAGGGAAGGUUUAAGUUCAGGCAUUGAAAAAGGGGACUCAUCCAUCAUUAAGUUCAGAGAAGCCACAGAGGGGAGUGGAGAAGUGGAUGAAUGGUGGUCUUGUGAAAUGUGCUACCACUUCUUUAUGUGGGCAUAUGUUAUACCCCGAAUGGUCAGUGCAGCUUGACUUAAGAGCACUGUAGCUUCUCCUUUCCUUGGAGCCAGGCAGUUGGGAACUGCUGUCACUCAUUGAGGGGUGACGAGGAAUCCCAAAUGCAUUCCCCAGAGCAGUUCUCUGAAACUCUUCUGUAAAAGCAGAAGACGGCUCUAUGCUUUGCUGAGCACUUUGUGUGUCAGCAUGAGAGCAGGAUUCUAUCUAUAGAAGAACUAGGCUUUAAAUAAAAGCAUCUAGCACAGAUAAGUUACAAGAUCCUGACUGGAGUUUGCUCUGUAGUAGACAAAGAAAAACACUUUCUGUGUGCAGCGUUAGACCCCUACCUAUGUUGUAAACAAACAGCAUUGUACAAACACACAAAGCAAUACUGUAUGUGCUCUGCAGAGUUCUUAAUGAGCCAUGGGAAGCGGGUAGACAAACUGGAUGCCCUAACGUAUCUCUUCUAGCCAUGGCCUCUAGGGAUCAAUAGCGACACACCAAAUAAUUGAACUGUCUCUUAAGAAUGUUUUUUCUCUAAGCAGCCAACAGCUCGACACCGCAGCUGUGCAGCCAUUACAGCAAGGAGACUGAAGGCUGAACAGUUAUGGAGGUGGGUGCAAAGCACAUUAGAUAAGAGAAUGAGGUAGGGAAACCCACAUGGCUACUGCUGCUUUAUUUUUAUCUGCAGCGCUAGGAGUCUAUGCUUGUCCACAGCAUUAACAUCCCUCUAAAAUAAAAUGAGGAAGGAGGAUGUAUUUCUGUGCCAACAACAGAUUUUGAUGCAACAAUAGUAGCAGAGAGGGUCAUCUGCUACAAAUAAUGUAUUUAGCCAUUUGAGUGGGCAAGCAAGCUGAUAGAUACCUCAGAAGUAAUGAGAUCUCUUCUCCAAAAUCCCUGUCUUGCAAUGGGACUUGAGGACAUCAGCAUCCCACCAAACUGCUGAGCAGACUGUAAUAACAAGUGCCAAAUCAAAAGUGAAAUGAAGAGCCAGCCAUUAUAGUCUUAUCAUGUACAUCCAUUUGAAGAUAAAGGGAAAAGCUUUCAUUUUGCAGUUCUCAAACAAUUCCAGUUCUUAAUAUCUUCACCUUUCUCUGCAGUCUGCUGAGAGUUGUUAAUUUCACAUAGCUCUCUCUAACUGAUGUGAUUUUACUGGGUUUCCUGUGGCUAAUCACAGAGCAAAAUCUGGAAAAUUACUCUUUUUAAGGAUGGUUUCCAUUAUUCGGAGAAAUAGGCCAAUAAUCAUAAUCCCAGAUCAAAAUGAUUUUGUGCUGUUAGAGCAUUCCGAGCUCUGGAGAAUUGGAUUUCAUCUGGUUAAUGCGCAGAAGGAAAAAGGGCAGUCAGGUCCCUGGUGGUUAUGUCAGACAUCAGGGUUCUGACAGGCAGAGCUGAGCGCUUCAUUAACUCCUGCUCUGCGCCCCCUGAGCCCUGCUGCCUUCCUGGACGUGCAACCUGAGCUGAGUUUAAGUGCACUAACCACCAGGUACGCCACGUCCCUCAUCAUCUUGCAGUUUGCUAAUCCUCAGGGAAACAAGUGCAUUUAUUCCAUUUGCAGCAGCAGAGCCAGAGAUCGAUAUUGUGCUAGGGUAUAUUGUUCUUGGUAAACUGGCACCCAUGAGGUAAAGAUAGGAAUGUUUUAACAGGUAGAGAAUUGAGAAUUGCCCCUGAUCUGGGAACAUCCUAAAGAAAUCAAAGCAUCCUGAGUCCUUGAACUCUUCUACUGCCUUUGAUCUGACACUAACUUUUUGUGUUUUCUCAUACAGCCUCUCUUUGCCUUUUACCUCAUCUUUCCAACUCAAAACAGUGAAAGUGAAGUCAUCACCAUGCUAUUUUCUGGACACAUAGGAAAUUCCUAACAGCUAGGGGCAAAUCACAUCCUAUGUUAGUUUUUGGCCCUUCAAGUGCAAAGGAGGAGGAAAGUGUCCAGUUGUCUACCCAGCAAACUCCAGAACAAUAUAUGCCUUUGCAGAACAAAAUCCAUGGCAAUUUAUCUCAUUCUGGCCUGUACCAGAGUAUUUACACUGAGACAACAUGACCAGACCUACUAUUGCAGUAACCUGUUUUGGGAAUUACAGCAACACAGUCAGGAACUGGAAAAGAAAACAACCCUGAUAUCACAAACCCGUCACAUACCUCAUCAUCUCGAUGACAUGCCUCUGAAGGUGGGUUUGGCUGAGUGUCGUAGGUGGACUUGAUCUGCCGGUACCAAGGCAAACACCCUUUAACGUAAGCACAAAUGAGUCUCCAUCAUUUUGGGAAGUCUUGAGAGCAUUGUGCCACCAUUCUUGUCUUUCCUGUGCAGGCUGCUAGGGAAAAUGUUUUUCAGUUGUAGAGAAUACUCAAAAAGCUUCCCUUGUUGAUAGAAUACAUAAAAGAUUUACCUUCCAGAGCUCUGCGUAGUCUGCCUGUGAAAGCAAAAAAACCAAACCCCUAGGUUUCUUAAGCAUAAUGAGUCAAGUAUCAUCUGUACAUCAGCAUCAACUCAUUUUAAUCUACUUCUUUGUGCCAGUAGGUCUCAAAGAGGAUCUUACUGUUACCCAGACUUUAGAAAGGCUGAGAACAGAGACAGGUCACUUCUUACGAGGCACUACCUGAUACUUUAGGCUGCAUCAUUCCUCAUUCCUCCCCAAAGUACCCUGAUGUGAACUCGUAGCCAUACCUGUCUCUAUGCCUUCAUUUUAUUUCUACCAUUAUCUUCUCCAUAUUCUUUUCAUUCCCUGGUAUCAGAGCAUGUGAGCUUUGGAAGCCAGCAAUGUUCUUCAGCCCUUUUUAACCACCUCCUUGACUGACCGUCACUGACAGUAAGUUAUGGCCAUUGGUAAGUAAGGACUUACCCCAGUAAGUUCAAAGAUGAGUGGUAUGAGGUCUCUUCCUGCAGGAAGAUAUUCAAUAUCUGCCUCAGCAAACCACAAAGUGUUUCCCCCAAGCAGAAGAGUCCCACUAAUGAGCGAGUAAGAUUGAACUGUUUACAGAUCUAGGCCUAAAACUCUUUUCAGUUACUGCCUUCAUAAGGGUAAUUGAAGUUCCCAAGGCUGCGAGCUCCUCUAUCCAGAGGGACCUUUGCCUCCACCUGGAGUCAACUGGAUUAAUAACACUUCAGUACUUCUGACGUCUGCUUUAAGUGGAUCAACUUGCAGGACUAGCUCUGGGUUGCUGGCAUUUUAUUUUAAAUAUAUCUAAAGACGUCCGCAAUUUCCUAAUCAAAACAAAGAAAGAAAGCAGAAUGCUGUAUUUUUUUAAAUGAGAAGGUAAUAAAAAACAAGUCUGAGUAUUUUGAUAGAUAUGCUGAAAGGGUAUAUAACAGAGCAAACAGUUGCACUAUUUUUUCUAUUAUCUGAGCACCUAACCUAAGAAAUAUUUUUCUUUCUCUAAGACUUCUUUCAGUUCUGAAGUUACAAAGUUUAGGAGUGGAGUGCAAAACCCCAGUGAAAUUAUGAAAUAAUGUAAAUAAAUCCAGUAGCUAGCUGUGUGAGGUAGCCUGUAACAUUUGUUUUGCAGUUAUCUCAAAUAUUGCCUACUUGUUGGGCUUUUUCCAAAGUAUGCUAAAUAGCGACACUUCUGAAAGCAUCUGUACAUCACAAAAAAAUCACAGUCAUGGAAAUAACAUCCUUCAGCUCAUGUGAAACAGCUUUACAGGAGCCCUUCAGUAUGCACUGUUAUUUUUCUUAAUAUUCUUUGACAAUUUAAUUCUCUUGUGCUUUCUCUCUGCUGCCCUGGUUUGUGCACUAACAGGUUUGCAGAGCCUCUCUGUAUUGUUUUUGUAAUACAUGGGUUGGUUUAAAGAAAAACCUUUACUCUUGUAAUGAUCAUUUCUGAGAUGUGGAUCUCUGUCUGUAAAGAGAAAAACAACUUUAAAAAAUGCCCUGUUUUCUCUAAGUUUACUGUAAUUAGCAAGCUUAGUUAACAGAAAUGUAUUAAAUGUAUUCUUUUAAGUUCCUGUUAAUUCUUUUCUGGUUAUUGACUGCUUUCACUAUGUGUGUACUUAGUACUGGUUCCUCCUUUUACUAUGGUGAAAACGACAAGUUUUGUUAAUAUCAGAUGGCAACUGUGUUUUUGGAUAAAGUUCUUCAAAUUGA